AUGGCGUUAUUUGAGAAGAAACCAUGGUGGGCAGUAGUCUUGGUUACAGUGGUGAUAUCAAGGCUGCAACUUUUCGUUGUAGGAGCUCCAUUGGUGCCUUGUUAUUUCAUUUUUGGAGACUCAUCGGCUGAUAAUGGCAGCAACAACCCCCUUCCGACAUUGGCUAAAUCUAAUUACUCUCCUUAUGAAAUUGAUUUUCCCGAUGGACCAACAGGAAGGUUCACCAAUGGUGCAACCGUUGUCGAUUUGAUAUCUGAACUUCUAGGAUUUGAUAAUUUCAUUCCAGCCUUUGCAUCCGGGAACUCUGAUAUAUUCAAUGGCGGAAUUCAUGUUAGUGUGAAUAAGCAGCUAGAAAAUCACCAAGUGAUUUUCAAUCGCAUUGCCUCUGAUCUAAGUAGUAACAAUUCAGCUACGCAGCACCUGAAUAAGUGCCUAUAUUCAGUCGGAAUUGGUGUCAACGAUUACAUAAACAACUACUUCUUGCCCCACUUCAACAAUACCAGCCAACAAUUUACGCCCCAGCAAUAUGCCCAAGUUCUUUUGAAUCAGUAUUCUCAGCAAUUAAGGAGUUUAUAUGCCCAUAGAGCGAGGAAGAUUGCGAUAUUUGGACUGGCACCAGCAGGUGGCACUCCAUAUGCAAUUGCUAAGUAUCCCAGAAAUGGUGCUCCAUGCGUAGACAGCUUGAACAGUGCAGUCCAACUUUUCAACGACAACCUGAAGUCACUUGUUGAUCAGCUCAACGAUAAUCUGACAGACGCAAAACUUAUGUUACUGAUCGUUUAUGGAAUUUCAUCAUCAGCCAAUGGGUUAAAGUUUUUGAACGAAACUUGCUGCCCGGCGAAAAUUUCUAGUGUAUGUGAUCCUAACAAAACUCCAUGCGAAAAUAGGAGAGAGUAUCGAUUCUGGGACGGAUUUCAUCCUACUGCGGCUGAUAAUCAAAUUGCUGAAAAACGAUCGUUCAUUGCUCUUGAUUCACUUGAUGUUUAUCCAUUUGAUAUAAGUAAUUUAGUUCAAAAUUGA